UGUUGUUGUGACAAGAUGAUGCCCACCAUUGCUGCUAAUGAAUUGGUCUGUCAUCAAUUGAUUGUACGUACGGGAGAGCUGGUGAUAUAUAUAUAUAUAUAUAUAUAUAUAUAUAUAUAUAUGCCUGCAGCAGACAUCGAGUUGUUAAAGACCUAUCGAAUAUUAUGCAAGUUAGCAAAAGCCAUCCCUAGUCCGGCCAUUCGAGAAGAAACACGGAGAGAAAUCCGACAGUUAUAUCGUGAUUAUUAUAAGAGAAACCAGUUGGAACAACUCGAAGAACUUGUUCAAUCUAAAUUAUUUGGGUUAAAAUGUAUUAUUCCCAAACAACUGUGGCCUCGUUGUGUCGCCCAUUCCGGUCCUGAGAUGGGUAACUUGACCAAGACUUUUGUUGUUCGCAACGGGAAACUGGAAGAAACGACAAGUUCAAGUCCUUAUGAAUAUACAAGAACUAUUGACCCUGAUGACUUACGACGUCAUAAGGAGCUCUUGCGAAGAAUGCGAUAUGGAAGAGUUGAAUAGAUGCAUCCAAAAUACUAUUCCAUUUAUUCCA